AGUGCGUCUCAGCCGCAGCGAUAACGACCACCGGCUCUGCGCGUCGCAAUGAGCGCUCGGGUAGCUCGGGCCGGGUGGGCCUGGCGCUCCUGGGGCCGCCGCGCCGCCUCGAGCCUCCGGGAGCCGCCGCCGGACGCCGUGGACGUGGCGGAGCUGCUGCGGGACUCCAGCGUGGCCGAGGAGGGAGCCCAGGAGGCGGUGGCGCGGCGGCGGCCACCUUCACAGUGCUCCGUGUUGCUCUUCCCCGGCCAGGGCUGCCAGGCGGUCGGCAUGGGCAGCGGCCUGCUCCACCUCCCGCGUGUGCGGCAGCUCUACGAGGCCGCGCACCGGGUACUGGGCUACGAUCUGCUGGAGCUGUGCCUGCGGGGGCCCCAGGAGGACCUGGACCGCACAGUGCAUUGCCAGCCCGCCGUCUUUGUGGCUUCACUGGCCGCCGUGGAGAAGCUACAUCAUCUGCAGCCGGCGCCACCUUCUGAGGCAAUUGUUAGGAGCAACGGGAGGCUCAGGCGACAGGAAUGAACAUGAUCCUGACGGAAGGCUCAGGUCAUCGACAACUGUGUUGCUGCGGCUGGCUUCAGUGUGGGAGAGUUUGCUGCCUUGGUAUUUGCUGGAGCCAUGGAUUUUUCUGAAGGUCUGUAUGCGGUGAAGGCCCGUGCCGAAGCUAUGCAAGAAGCAUCCGAAGCCGUUCCCAGUGGGAUGCUGUCUGUCCUUGGCCAGCGUCAGUCCAACUUCUCCUUUGCCUGCUUGGAAGCCCAGGAGCACUGCAAGUCUUUGGGUAUAGAGAACCCAGUGUGCCAGGUGUCCAACUACCUCUUUCCUGACUGCAGGGUCAUCUCAGGACACCUUGAGGCCCUUCAGUUUCUCCGGAGGAAUUCUGCUAAGUAUCACUUCCGGCGCACCAAGAUGCUGCCUGUAAGUGGAGGCUUCCAUACCUGCCUCAUGGAGCCAGCCGUGGAUCCCCUGAUGAAAGUUCUAGGCUCGAUCAACAUCAAGAAGCCACUGGUUGCCGUCCAUUCCAAUGUCAGUGGGCAGAAGUACACACAUCCACAACACAUCCGAAAGCUGCUAGGGCAGCAGGUGGUGUCGCCAGUGAAAUGGGAACAGACAAUGCACUCUAUCUACGAGCGGAAGAAAGGCAUGGAGUUCCCCAGCACCUACGAGGUGGGCCCCGGGCAGCAGCUGGGAAGCAUCCUCAAGUGCUGCAACAGGCAGGCGUGGAAGUCCUACAGCCAUGUGGAUGUGAUGCAGAACAUCAUGGAUCCUGACCCCUGAGGGCCUUGGGCUUAGAAUGGCCCCAGUGUGAGCCUCUGUGCCUGCCUCUUUUCCUCAGACUUGAGGACGAUGGACACUGCAGUCUCAGCUGUGGCUCAGGCUCCCUCAGAGCAUAGUCUUUGAGUGCCUAUCCUCCAACUGACAGGACAUCGGGCUGCUGGGGAAAGGGCGCCUGUGCAGACGGCCUGCCCGGCCAGAAUGCUGCUCUGCCUCUGCACCCAACCAUGUUCCUCGGUGAACCCAGAAGGGCUAGCCUGGGCAGUCUUAGACUCAUCCUGUGGGUAUUGUGGACACACUGCUUGGCUUCAAGCUAGGCCUGGUGCCAGAGGAUCGUCUCAGCUGCCUGUGACGUGCUCCUUUGGUCUUGAAUCUUGAAUCAAGGUGUGGUGGCCUUGUUCUUCACUCACUUGGCAGGUGGGAGAUUGAGUCCCGUGUGCCAUACAGACCUCAGAAGCACUUAUUAAGUGCCUGUGUAUGUCCUAGAAUGGGUGGUCCUUUGUAUAAGAAACUAGGAGAACCGUGUAAGGUGUGGAGUGGGAACCCUGUCUUUCCUAGGCCAGCCUGUGUUCAUUCACACAGAGACACCACCAACAGCAGGUCAUCCAUGGGACAGUGUGUCUCAUACUGUGUUUAUGGCUUCCUCAGAGCAGUCUGCUCCACAGCAGGAGUGGGGCAAUGCUCCUGGGAAGACAUAUAAUAAACAUGAGCCAUUCUAAGCUGCCA